CGCCCGCCCGGGGACGACUCGUGCCCCGCCUUCCCGCGCGUCUCAUUGGCGCUCGCGGGGGUUCGGCGGCGUCGGCGGAGGUGGCGCGUGAGGCGUCGCGUCGACGCCACUCGGCGCCGCGGCCCCGCAGCACGCGCACCGUAGCCCCCACCCCCGGCACGCGCCGCCGGGGGCAGCCGAGCGGCCUCCGCACGCCGCCGCCUCGCGCCGCAGCCACCGUGCCAUCUUCACACUCGGGUUCCAGAACGACACGCCACUUUGAUUCGCUCGCUGCCAGCACAAGCACCCUUUUCCGGCCGGCUCCUCCGCAUCCGCACCCUGACUGACUCACUGACACACGUCGUGAUUUGCUGCUGCUGUUGCUCGCAUUGCCCGGCUCUCCACUGCAGGUUCAAGCCCCAGCUCGGCAGCCUGCCCGUCUUGAUUACCCUCACAACAUGCCGCACACAGGCCAAGCCGGAGUGAACCAGUUAGGCGGAGUGUUCGUCAACGGACGUCCGCUGCCAGACUGCGUCCGACGCCGAAUAGUGGAGCUGGCCCUCCUCGGCGUCCGGCCGUGCGACAUCUCACGACAGCUGCUCGUGUCCCACGGCUGCGUGUCCAAGAUUCUGACCAGAUUCUACGAAACGGGCUCGAUCCGACCCGGUGCCAUUGGUGGCUCCAAGACCAAGCAAGUGGCCACACCCACGGUUGUGAAGCGGAUUCUGCGUCUGAAGCAGGAAAACCCCGGCCUGUUCGCCUGGGAGAUCAGAGAGUCGCUGCUGUCGCAGAGGGUAUGCGACCCCCUCACCAUCCCCAGCGUGUCGUCCAUCAACAGGGUGUUGCGCAACGCCGGCGCCACCACGGACGCCGACCUCGCAGCCAUGCACGGAGGCGCACGAACCCCGCCCGUCACGCUCAUGCAGUCGCACGAACGUCAGCCAAACUCUCCUCCAGACUUGAAGGCAGCCAUGGCGGCGGCGGUAGCACGCAGAAGUUCGCCGUUCAUCCCGGCAUUCAACCCGAACGACCAGCAGCAGAACGAGCGGCUGGUGGCCGCCCUGCAGCUUCACCAGGCGGCCGUGGCGGCGGCGGCAGCCCGCGUGGCCGCGACGGCACGCAACUCGUCGCCACCGCCGCUGACCAGCGCGGCGUGGGGCAGCGAGCACAAGACGCCGGAGGAGGCUCCCGCCAAGAAAAACCCCUACUCAAUCGAAGAGCUGCUGAGGAGGGAGCCGAGCCGGCGGCCGCAGCGGCCGGCGCCCCUCGUCAUGUCCGCCUCGGGGCAGCCCGUCGUGCUGGUGCAGUGCAUCGGCGGCACCGUCUCGUCCGCGGACUUGCCGCCGCUGUCGCCCUCAUCCAGCUGCUAACUCGAUUUGUGAACGCGUGGACGCGAUCCAACUGAAUUAUCGAAUGUGUAUAGCUAGUGAUAGACAGACUUUCGUAGGCUUACGUAAUCGGUAGAGUCCUUCAAUUCUGAGUGGUGCAAACUGGCAAGCCGACGCGCAUUCGCCCUGCGCAGAUCCACGUCCCGCCUAUCUUUUCUCAUGUUUAAUGAGUUUUCGUUAGCGACUCUGUGUCAAAAUUACUGAAGCCAUCCGCGUUUAAAUUGGUAUCAAACGAAAGCACAUGAGUUGAUCUACAACAUAAGUCGGAACCAUGACCGCGGGAAAUAAAACAACCGAGAAAUUCGCGUUCGAAAAGUGCCCCUUUUCGUAUGGGAAGAAAGCUACAGCUUGAGUAGGCGACAGUAGUGACAUCUGCGCAUACCUAGCGACAUCAAUGAAGCUCAUGCAGUUCGAGAUGUCACGUUGACUCAAUCCCGCCAUCUCAUUGGCUAAGAGCAAGCGCGCACACAGCCUUAAGGGUUCUCCCUUACACUCCCUCCAAGCAGUAUAGUGAGUGCCUGCUCUAAGUCAAUGAGAUGGCGGGAUUCAGUCACGUGACUGCUUGAACUGCAUGAGCUUCAAUGCUCUUGCUGGGUACGAACAGAUGUCUCUACUGUCGCCUGCACAAUUCUUCCCAUUAAAGAGGCACGCGAAUUUCUUGGUUGUUUUAUUACCCGAUCUCGCAUGGUUUCGAUUUAUGUUGUAAAUCAACUCGUGCACUUUCGUUUGACACCAAUUGAGACGCGGAUGGCUUCAGUAAGUUUUGACAUAGAGCCACUUACGAAAACUCAUUUAACAUGGGAAGAGAUAUGGUCGGGGAUCAAAUGCGCGUACGUCCGCUGAUCGGCGCGACUCUGAAUAAAAGAACUCUAGCAAUCAGAGGUCCGUUAUUUGUGGUGUCAAAGGUUUUUGGUGACAAAAAUCAACGUGAUUUAUUUCUAAAUUUGUUUUUCGUUUUAAAAAAUAAAUGCAGUUCAAAUCAUAAAAAUCACCAAAUCCCUUCGCACGUACUGGAUCCUACUUGUAAGGCUGGUGUGUAAGACAUCAUUUCGGAACUAAUCGCAUCAAUACGAUAUAUUGUAUCCAGUCUUGAUGAAAUUCAGAUAUCGCACCGAAACAUUAAAUGCUGUUAAAUUUAGUUGCCAGUAAACUUGUGAUCUCAUGCCACUCGAUGUAACCAAACUCUCAAAGUACUAUUCUCAUCGCCUCCUUUUUACGAUUGUGUGAUUCCAAAGCUGUUUCCCCAAAAAAAACCAGCAUUACAGGUUAAAAACGCAACUGGCGACAGAUUAUUCAGAAGUUAAUUUCAAGGGGUGCCAGUUGCCAAUUAAUGUGAAUAUGUACGUUUAAUGCUCUCAACGUUUAGUAUCGUAAUCUUGACGACUGAAUGUGUGUUCAAAAUGAGGUUGUCCUUAAACAAUAUCAUUGACAUAGUGAUUUUUGUCUGUAUUCCUAAGUAUAAAAUAAACUGAACCAGUCAUAAAUAUC